GACAAGCGCUUCGAUUCUAUACAUAUCUUUCUUGAAUAGCUGGUCUACAUUUCAUCAGUGACGGCAAGCUACCAGUAAACACCAACUCGCAUGCGAGCGCAUCGCAUUACCCCAUGGCGAAAGAGAAGGACCAACUAUCGCUUAACAGCAACUAUGAGGCCCAACUUCUCUACAAGUCGCUCGAGGACUUGAAAAAACGGCAGGAAAGUCGGACGAGGCGCCCUUGGAUCAUGCUCCUCACGCUACUGGUCCUCUUGAUCUCGGCAGGAGGUGGCAUCACGCUCGCGGUGAUUUUGCUGAUCCAUCCGGUCGAGGUGCAGGCUGCAUGCAUAUCGCGUGACCUGAUUCUAUUCGCCUCGUGUAUGGCCAUUCUGUACAUCGGCGUGCACAUUAGGGGGGCGCUGAAGAACUACACGAGGGAACAGCCUGGGCCUCCGCAGAUCUACGGCAAUUACCUCCAUGCGAGCGCGCUACUCAUUGCUCGAAUCGCCAUCAUGGUCUGGGUAGCGGCUUUGAUAGCGACGGCGGUUAUGAUUGCAAAGGCAAUGCCACUCGAGGGAUUCGCGGGCCGGGUGCCAUAUCUUAACCUAUUGGUUUGCUGUGGAGCGGUAUUCUCUUUCAUACUCAUCUCCUGCAAAAUCGAGCGGAACCCCAACCCCUUCGCCACGACGGGCUUCUCGCACAGCUCCCUGCUAACCUGCCGUGAGAGCACCUUCGCCAACGACGACCUGGAGGCAGACCUCAGCGUGUCCCGUCGCGCCUCGCUGCGGAGGAGCCGCUCCGGCGCUUCGGCCUCCAGCACCCUGGUAAGUCAGAAGCUGCGUGAAACCAGCAAGCAGAAGCCGAAGCCUAUCACCGUCGUCCGGGAACCAGAGGACGAUGAUGAUGCGAAGACGGAACUCAUGGCUAGCUCACCAAUUAUGGAUGCGCACGAUUUGCCCCCUGUCCCUGCUGUCCCGACGUCGCCUCCGGAGCCGACGUAUAAACCUCGAGGUCGGCGCAAGGAGUGGAACCACGUCACGCAGCAAGCCGGCGUGCUGGCCCUGACGGAGAAUUCAAUGGCGGGCGGCGCUUCGACUGUGGCUCCUUCUAGUUAUGCCUCAUCAUCACGCUAUUCGACGAACUCGGCUGUCUCAUCUCAGACGUCAGUCCCCUCAUCAGGUGGUCCAGUGCGAAAACACAGGAGAGCGACGCCGAGCUCUAGCAUCUCGAGUUCCGCAAGAAGAUCCAGACUGUCUACCGUGCGGUACGCGGAGAAGCCGGACGUCGCGGUCCAAAUGCCGAUCCGAAUCGUUAGUAGUCCGGAGAAGAGCGCCAAGGGACCCAUGUUACUGUCUGCUACGAUGGUGGAUAGUAAUCCUAGGCCACCAGGCGCUGGGGUGUUGGCGCCUCCCAGGCCGGUGAAGCCGGUUGCAUUGUUGAGGGAGGCGCAAUCACCGCAGAGGUAUGAGAGGGUGAUGUGGCAGCCUCCAGUGGCAUGGGGAACGAGGGAGCCAUCCAGGCGGGGAUCGGUGAGGGAGCUUGGGGCAGGGGCAGUAGGGCUGAGGAGGGAGUCGGGUGGUAGUGCGGUUCGCAGGGAGCCGACCCGGCCGGCGAAGACGAGGACCCCGACGAAACUCAAGAAGAGGCCCCCGCCGAGCCGAUAUCGAAAUCGAGAUCCGGCAGAGAUGCAGCAUUCGAAUAAUACUAGGAUAUAAGUGUGCUGGGUGCCUGUUCCUAGUUCGGUUUCGGUGGUGGGAUGGUCAAGGCAUUGUCAUGUGGGACUGUCACUGCGAGCAUGGAGUGGAAUUGCAUUUGUAUUUUGCGUAAUGUAAUAUAGGGCCAUCACUUUGCUUAUAGAGAGAUACCACAAGGAUAGCGUCAGCGUCAGCGUCAAGAGAAGGUUGGGCCGAGGGAGCAUAGAUGGGCGUCUAGAUUAUCAUGGGAAUUCAAU